ACACUGCGUCUUUAUCCUUUGCUGCGCUUAAUCGGGUAAAGUUGGUACUUUCCGGAAAGAGGUCGCGGAUUUGCGAUCAUUCGGAACUUCUCGUCAACAGGCCGAACACAAUCGGAAAUUCCCGGGCGAAUAAAACAAAUUGGUUAAAUGUUCUGAUUUGCAUUAACAAACAAGUAGCACGAUUCAUAAACAACGCAUGGUAUUGUGAGUAUCAUUUAGCUUGCAGGAAAUGGUUCAAAUAAUAAUACAGAUCAAAGUGAAAUGUUGAUUUUGAAAGAAUAAACAAUGAAUACCGACAUUGAUUUCCCGAAAGGAAAAACAACAACAACAACACAGCUUGUUAAAUUUACUUUAAUGAAACAUAUAGUUUACACGUGAUUUGUUGUCUGCAGCUCUGUCAUUUGUGUGGUUUUGGGACCCUUUGUUUUCAGGUUAGGACCCCCAGAAAAGAAAGAGAUGAGUCCAAGGGACCCCCAUUUCAGAAAAACAAGGACACGCGUUUAACCUGUGACCUGUCCACUUUGACCAUAGCCCAGUGAUUAGCGAAAAUUAUCCAGUUAACCACUUACAAAGGCCGUGCAUCCACCAACGGUCCAAGUACGUCUAUCUUGGACAUAUAAUUUGCGUUUAUCGGAGAGGACCUUGUCUGCUCACGACGAGAAGGUUGCAGAAAAGAGAGGUGUCCCUGAAAAUGGUAUGACAUCGAAUCUGGCUUCAGACUACCUACCGAGAGUAGUAGGACCCACCUACUACUACUACUACUACUACUACUACUACUACUACUACUGAGUGGAUUUUAGACUGCUACACUACCACGAGUUACGCCGGAAGUACCACGAAUUAUAAACUCAUAUGAAAAGAGCUGAAUUACGAUGUUGUUGUCAUAGUAAGAGUACGACUCACAAACCUGCUAGCUGUUGUGCAAAGAGCAGUUUGACGUAUUCCGGGAUUGUCUUCAGAUAGUAGCGUUGUCACGAAUUUCGAUAUAACAUUAUUACCACACAAACAAACCCCCCAAAAACCAUUGUAGAUAACGGCAUUAACACGAACCGCCUAGAGAAGCCAUUAUUACCACAUGUCACGAAAGCUUCUAUUAUUAUUACCACGAGUCACGAAAGCCUGUAUUAUUAUUACCACGAGUCACGAAAGCCUGUAUUAAUAUUACCAAAAGUGACGAAAGCCUGUAUUAAUGUUACCACGAGUCAAAAAAGUUUAUAUUAAUAUUACCACAAGUGACGAAAGCCUGUAUUAAUAUUACCACUAGUCACGAAAGCCUGUAUUAAUAUUACCACGAGUCACGAAAGCCUGUAUUAAUAUUACCACGAGUCACGAAAGCCUGUAUUAAUAUUGCCAAAAGUGACGAAAGCCUGUAUUAAUGUUACCACGAGUCAAAAAAGUUUAUAUUAAUAUUACCACAAGUGACGAAAGCCUGUAUUAAUAUUACCACUAGUCACGAAAGCCUGUAUUAAUAUUACCACUAGUCACGAAAGCCUGUAUUAAUAUUACCAAAAGUGACGAAAGCCUGUAUUUAUAUUACCACUAGUCACGAAAGCCUGUAUUAAUAUUACCACUAGUCACGAAAGCCUGUAUUAAUAUUACCACGAGUCACGAAAGCCUGUAUUAAUAUUACCAAAAGUGACGAAAGCCUGUAUUAAUGUUACCACGAGUCAAAAAAGUUUAUAUUAAUAUUACCACAAGUGACGAAAGCCUGUAUUAAUAUUACCACUAGUCACGAAAGCCUGUAUUAAUAUUACCACUAGUCACGAAAGCCUGUAUUAAUAUUACCACUAGUCACGAAAGCCUGUAUUAAUAUUACCAAAAGUGACGAAAGCCUGUAUUAAUGUUACCACGAGUCAAAAAAGUUUAUAUUAAUAUUACCACAAGUGACGAAAGCCUGUAUUAAUAUUACCACGAGUCAAGAACGCCUGUAUUAAUAUUACCACAAGUGACGAAGCCUGUAUUAAUAUUACCACGAGUCAAGAAAGCCUGUAUUAAUAUUACCACAAGUGACGAAAGCCUGUAUUAAUAUUACCAUGAGUCAAGGACGCCUGUAUUAAUAUUACCACAAGUGACGAAAGCCUGUAUUAAUAUUACCACGAGUCAAAAAAGCCUGUAUUAAUAUUACCACAAGUGACAAAAACCUGUAUUAAUAUUACCACGAGUCACGAAAGCCCGUAUUAAUAUUACCACAAGUGAUGAAAGCCUGUAUUAAUAUCACCACGAGUCACGAAAGCCUGUAUUAAUAUCACCACGAGUCACGAAAGCCUGUAUUAAUAUUACGAGUCACGAAAGUUUGUAGUAAUAUUACCACAAGUCACAAAAGCCUGUAGUAAUAUCACAACGAGUCACGAAAGCUUGUAUUAAUAUUACAAUGAGUCACCAAAGAUUGUGAUAAUAUUACCACCAAUCACGAACUUCUCUACAAGUAACAUUUCUAUUGAUCACGAACUACAGUUAAACAUUACGACAAAAGAUUAACUUUGACAGCGAGUCAUGAAUAAGUUAGAGAUAACUUUAUAUAACGAAUUAGUUAUAGACGAAUCAGGAAUAAGUUACAUAUAACUUUAUACCACGAAUCACGAACUAGAGAUAACUUUUCCCCGAAUUACAAUCUCCUGUAAACAAAACAAACAGCAUUCCACGAAUUAUGGAAUAAUAUUACCUCAACUUUAAGUCAUUUAUACUGAACGCGAUUAAUCUCGAAAGGUGGUAGUAGGUUGUAUAACUCAUCUCACAUGAUUUCUUUAUGCACGUUGAUAUGUCUUAACAUACCCACACGUGAAAAACACAUCGUAUGACGUAUAAUUGUAUUGACACUGCGUUAUUUUAAUUGACAAGAACACGCUCUCGUGAGUCAACUCGAAUAACAAUCUUGCUUAACACAAAUAGCCUAUCUACUUAACACAAAUAGCCUAUCUACUUAACACAAAUAGCCUAUCUACUUAACUCGAAUAACCUUUUUGUUUAACUCGAAAAACCUGUGUAUUUGCAUUGAAUAACAUAUCUGUAUAACUUGAAUAACAUAUCUGUAUAACUUGAAUAAAUAACAUAUCUGUAUAACUUGAAUAACAUAUCUGUAUAACGUGAAUAACAUAUCUGUAUAACUUGAAUAAAUAACAUAUCUGUAUAACUUCAAUAACAUAUCUGUAUAACUUGAAUAAAUAACAUAUCUGUAUAACUUGAAUAACAUAUCUGUAUAACUUGAAUAACAUAUCUGUAUAACGUGAAUAACAUAUCUGUAUAACUUGAAUAAAUAACAUAUCUGUAUAACUUCAAUAACAUAUCUGUAUAACUUGAAUAAAUAACAUAUCUGUAUAACUUGAAUAACAUAUCUGUAUAACUUGAAUAACAUAUCUGUAUAACUUGAAUAAAUAACAUAUCUGUAAAACUUGAAUAAAUAGCAUAUCUGUAUAACUUGAAUAAAUAAAAUAUCUACUUGACACAUAACUGGAGUAAUCUAUCUGCGCUACAGGAAUAGUUUGCAAUAUGGGUCUGCAUAACAUAACCUUGCUUGAGUAAAAUCUGAAACUCGACCAUUAACAUUUUCAAAAUCGAUUCUCUACACAAGCCGAGUCAAAAGGAUGUUUUGAAAAAAACCCACUGGAUAAAGUGCCCUGAGCCUUCGCACUAGUUGAAUUGUCUUGUACAGUUUUACUAUUCGUGUUAGUACGUGUAACAAAUCUUUAUAUAGACUAUAGCCUAUUGUACGACUUACAUUAAAUGUCCAUUACUUUCUUUGUAUUAACUCAUAAGACACACCUGCUCGUGCGCAGUACGCCACAUAGUACGACAUGAGACUCUCGGCAAUGAAAACUGCUCUCUUUUUGUUUUACCUCUGUCUACUAAUAUUUGCCGGGCUUCAGAUUUACGUGGCCUUUGCAUAUUAUGGAAAUAAUAAAAAAAAAAUGUUUUGGAAUCUCGACAGGAAUAAACCUCACAGGCACAUCCAAAUUGACGACUAUGCCAACAACAUUGCUUCAGAAAAUGCGUCUAGACGUCCUCAGUAUGGCUAUGUAACGAAACGUGGUGGAACUAAUAUUCAAGAAGCGACACAAAGUCGCACUGGCGUGCCUUUUAUUCCAAACUGGAAAGACGUGGAGUCAUUUCGCCGGGAUGUAGAGUUCCUCAACCAUCAAGGCUUCAUCCACAAUGAGGUGAAAUUCAAACCGAGGCUGACGGCUGAAAGUAUUGUUAUUCUGGUUCAGGUUCACAGUCGAGCUGACCAGCUGCAGAUGCAGAUAGACUCCUUUAGCAGAAUGAGGUACAUCAACGAAACGUUGAUCAUCUUCAGCCACGAUUUCUAUUCUCAGAAUGUGUUUGAUGUCAUAGCCAAGAUAGAUUUCUGUCCAUAUGUUCAGAUAUUUUACCCGUAUGCUAUUCAGGUGUAUAACAACCAAUUCCCAGGAGAUGACCCUAAAGACUGUCCGAGGAAUUUGGUAAAGGACGAGGCCCGGAAACGGAAGUGUAACAACGCCGAGUAUCAAGAUCCUUACGGACAUUACCGAGAAGCCCCGCAUGCGCAGUUGAAGCAUCACUGGUUGUGGAAGAUGCAGUUCAUUUUCGAGAACUGCUCCUUGCUGCGAAAUUUCGAAGGGAUAAUAUUUCGUCUGGAUGAUGAUUACUACUUGGCAGAGGACACGAUGGACUACAUCAGGAAACUGGAUCGUCAGAGUCGGAUUCAGUGUCCUGAGUGUAAAAUGUACAUCAUGGGUCAGUCCACUGUUUAUUCACACGACGAAUACAAGUCUGGUGCAGCCAAGAAAGAUUACUGGUGGGCAGGAAACGGAAGAGGUAUGGCCUUCAGGAAAGACUUCUGGAAGCUGUUCAAAGAUUGUGCGAAAUCAUUUUGCCUGUUCGACGAUUGUAACUGGGACUGGUCGCUAAUGCACGUGACCGCCAAGUGCAUCCCAGGUGGUCUGAAAAUCUUAAAACCUCUAGGUAGUAGAGUCUUCCAUUUGGGAAGAUGUAAGGGCUUCCAUCAAAAUAGAAGCUGCAAAACGACUGAUGUUCUGAAUUAUGUGCUGGGUAUUUUAAGACGCAACAGAAAUUAUCUCUUUCCUGAAAAUGUGAAUAUUCCUAUCGGUUUUCCUUCUAGAUCUAAGCUGGAUGUACCGAAUGGAGGGUGGACUGAUAUCAGAGAUCAUGAAAUGUGCCUUAGGAUUUUCAAUAACGAGUCCUUGUCGACUACAGACUUUAGAAAAAUACACCAGAAGCUGUUUAAUUGAUACCAUUGCUAGUGUACAUGUAUUUAGAAAACUAAUAUUCAGAACAUUGGAAAGAAAGAAAGAAAAAAACACCAGCAUCAACAGCAAAACCCACAAACAAAAACCCACGUCCUCCCACCCACACCUCCUACCACUUCUCACCAAUGCAUACUGAAAGCAAGAUACCAAAAACUGUUUAAAAUGUGACUGUGUGAUAAACCUAUAACAGACUUUAGGUAAGUACACAUUUCAUGUCAUUGCUGGUGUAUUUAGAAAUCUAAUUUUCAAAACGUAGGGUAAAAAAGAGGGGGAAUAGCUAGAAUAAGUUAUAUAUAUAUAUAUAUAUAGAUAUAAUGUGACACUGAUAAAUCUUUAACGAUAAUCUGACAAUCGAGACGCUACAUUGUAAGAUCGUCUAUGAAACCCCAAAACAUGGAGAUUAGGACUAUACUGGUAUCAUCAGUGCAUUUAAAUGUGUAUUUUAUGUUUAUAAUGUAUAAGAUGUGUGGGGUUUUUUUUUUUUUUUUUGUGUGUGCUAUAAACAUAAUGAAAUUGCAAGCAAAAUGACAGACUAGUUGUCCUGGAAGGACAUUUCUGACUGCAGGCUAACAAAAGUUAGUGGUAUACAUACAUGUAUAACACCUUGAUAACAUUACAUAUGCACGUACAUGUACAUAUAUAAAUAUGUAUGUAUUAAAAAUAAUACUAAUAAAAACUAAAAACCAAUAAAACAUUACAGGUUUCAUAUGUGCAGAUUAAAAUUUAAAAAAGUGAUAGAGUCAAGAAAAAGAAGAAGAAGAGUGAACAUAAAGAUUUCCAAACUAGAACUAUUAACUAUUAGUUUCAAAGAAAAUUUGCCAAGGCUUCCAGACUUCUUCAAACUCAUUGAACAGACAUUGUUUAUGCAAUAUAUAUUUUUCAAUUUGCAGUUUAUGUUUUAUUAUAUUUUGAAGUGCCUUAACAUUUAGUCCGGACUUUUUCAUUCUAUAAGUAUAAUAUUUUACAUUAAUAAUUAGCCAAUUAAUAAAUCUGUACUUUUUCAAAACGUCUUUUUUUCCAAUGAGAUAUUUUCACAUUUGGCUUGUAACCAAUAUUUAACAGUUUUCCAGACUUCAGCAACCUGUAAAAUUAUAAAACAAAUGUUCCAACGUUUUUGGUUUGAGGUAAAUUAAUGACAGAUAUCAGAAUCUAUAUAUUUUAUUUUAUGUAAAACAAGUAUUUGUUGCUAUAGUUCUAUGUAAGAUUUGAUACUGGAACCACAAUACAGAUGGGUCUUUAAAACUGAAAAUUGUAAGCUGUAAUAAUACCCCCAUAUUUGUGGAGAAAAAGUGCAACCCAAUUCACAAUAUUUUAUUUGUGAAGUAGGUAUUGCUUUAUUCAUGUUCAAUAAUUGGUAUGUUGUUUUACUUCCUUUUGCAUCUUUUAGAAAAAUUCUUAAAUUGAAAGGGAAAAUUGGAUUACUCAAGGGUACAAAUAUUUGGUUAUCAGUUUGUAUAUUGCAAAUAAGUGUUCUGAUUGCUCUUAUUAAAGUGACAUAUUCUAAAAAAAAGUAUAUAUAGAGGAUUCGUCAAGAGUAUUUUUUAAUAUGGAAAAUAUCAACCGAGUCUAUGUUAA